GUCUCAGAGCAGGGUGAGGAUGUGACGGGGUCUCAGAGCGGGGUGAGGCUGUGAUGGGGUCUCAGGGCGGGGUGAGGCUGUGACGGGGUCUCAGGGCGGGGUGAGGAUGUGACGGGGUCUCAGGGCGGGGUGAGGAUGUGAUGGGGUCUCAGGUGGGUUGAGGCUGUGAUGGGGAGUCUCAGCGGGGUGAGGCUGUGUUGUGGUCUCAGGUGGGCUCGGGCUGUUGGGGGUCUCAGGUGUGGCUGAGGCUGAUGAAGGCUUGGAGCCUGUGUGUGGGUAGCAGCUUGCUGGAGUGUGGGAUGUGACAUCUAAAAACAAGAAUAAAUACCCCCGCGCUGUGGCCCUCAGGUGAGCGGCUGCUUUGGUGAACUUGUGUCACUCACAGCCCCAUCCUGGGUCUGGGGUGUGCUGUGUGGGGUCCAGGCCCAGUGGGGUGUGCUGUGUGGGGCCCAGGCCCAGUGGGGUGUGCUGUGUGGGGCCCAGGCCCAGUGGGGUGUGCUGUGUGGGGUCCAGGCCCAGUGGGGUGUGCUGUGUGGGACCCAGGCCCAGUGGGGUGUGCUGUGUGGGGCCCAGGCCCAGAGGGUCACAGGUACGGGGCACUCUUUGGUGCCUGGGCCACAGGGAUCUGCACCCCCACUCCAUGCCCCCACAUCUUCAGCAGUGGUUGGGGCCUGUGCUCCCAAUCCCAGGCCAGCCAGGUACUCGGAGGUCUGGGUGGGUCCCUGGUCCAGACAGUGGGAAGGGCUGGCGAGGGGCUCCAGUGUGGCUGGGCUGCCCGUCUACGGCCAGGUUUCUCUCCUGGAUUGCUCAGUGCAGAAUCAAAGGGCACUUUUCUGCUUUUGUGUGCAGAAGCCGAGGCUGACCUUGCCAUCAGAAGGGGAAGCGGGGCCUCCUACGUGUACUGCUGGCUCCUAUCCCCACAGCCUCCUGGGCAGGAAGUAGAAAGGCCCUAUCCCCAUGGUCCCCGGCAGCGGGAGCUCCCUGAGGCUGAUGGUGUUGGUGUCUGUUGAGGAAGACCAGGCCUGAGGAUCUGAGGCAGGAGGCCAGCUACGGUCCGCAGCCUGGAUGGAUUCCUGCGCGGGGCUGGGGCAGUAGGACCAUGAACGGCACCUACAACACCUGUGGCUCCAGCGACCUCACCUGGCCCCCGACGAUCAAGCUGGGCUUCUACGCCUACUUGGGCAUCCUGCUGGUGCUGGGCCUGCUGCUCAACAGCCUGGCGCUCUGGGUGUUCUGCUGCCGCAUGCAGCGGUGGACGGAGACCCGCAUCUACAUGACCAACCUGGCGGUGGCCGACCUCUGCCUGCUGUGUGCCUUGCCCUUCGUGCUGCACUCCCUGCAGGACACCUCGGACACGCCACUGUGCCAGCUCUCCCAGGGCAUCUACCUGACCAACAGGUACAUGAGCAUCAGCCUGGUCACGGCCAUUGCCGUGGACCGCUACGUGGCCGUGCGGCACCCCCUGCGCGCCCGUGGGCUGCGGUCCCCCAGGCAGGCUGCGGCCGUGUGCGCGGUCCUCUGGAUGCUGGUCAUCGGCUCCCUGGUGGCUCGCUGGUUCCUGGGCAUGCAGGAGGGCGGUUUCUGCUUCAGGAGUACCCGGCACAAUUUCAGCUCCAUGGCCUUCCCGCUGCUGGGAUUCUACCUGCCACUGGCCGUGGUGGUCUUCUGCUCCCUGAAGGUGGUGACUGCUCUGGCCCAGCGGCCACCCAUUGAUGUGGGGCAGGCAGAGGCCAGCCACAAGGCUGCCCGUAUGGUCUGGGCCAACCUCGUGGUGUUUGUGGUCUGCUUCCUGCCCCUGCACGUGGGGCUGACGGUGCGCCUCGCUGUGGGCUGGAACGCCUGUGCCUUCCUAGAGACGCUCCGUCGUACCCUCUUCAUAACCAGCAAGCUCUCAGAUGCCAACUGCUGCCUGGACGCCAUCUGCUACUACUACAUGGCCAAGGAGUUCCAGGAGGCGUCUGCAUUGGCCGUGGUUCCCAGUGCCAAGGCCCAUAAAAGCCAGGCCUCUCUGUGUGUGACCCUGGCCUAGGAGGCAUGUGGAGGGCGCUGUGGGCCAGGUCCUGGGGGCUCCGGGAGGUGCUGCCUGUCAGGGGAAGGUGGGACCAGCAGCAAGGAGCCUGGGAGCAGCCCUGAACUCACUGCGAGCUCUCUUGGAGCCUUGGGUGGGCAGGCAUGGCCCAGGUACCUGCUCUCUUGGGAAGAGAGAGGGACAGAGACAAGGGCAAGAGGACUGAGACCAGAGCAAGGCCAAUGUCAGAAACCCCCAGGAUGGGGCGUCACACUUGCCACCCCCAGAGCCAGCUCACCAGGCCAAAGUGAGUUCCUGCUGGCUAGGGUGCAGCCUUGAGGACACCUGCUGCCACCCCUCGGGGCUGGAAUAAAACUCCCCACCCAGAGUCAGUCCUGGUGGGGCCCUCUGUGUUGCCCACUCACGUGAUGGGAGGCGGGGAGGGAGUGCGUGGCUCAGAGGGCCAGCGGACAUCUUCCAGGGACCCUUUGGGGCUCUUCACUCUGAGGCCCCCUUGGACCCUUUGACACUUUCCCACCCCCACCAUCUGAAGCGUGAGCAGGGGCUGUUGGAAGCUCCUGGCAGGACCGCACUAGAGGCCCCUAGCCCAGGUUUCCUUGCUCAAGGCAGGACUUAUCUCCAUGUAGUGGCUUAUCUCCAUGUAGGAGCUGCACAGUGGUACAAGGAGGGGGGGACCAAGGUCAAGCAGGUGAGACUGGGUUGGGGUGGGUGGCAGUGAAGAGGUGGCCAGGAUCUGCCAGGGGACCCAGCCCUCUUCUCCUUCCUUCAGGGAAAGGCUGGAAACCAUGUCUGGCAGGGGUAGGGCUUGGGUGCCCACCCAGGUAAAGGCGGGAUGUCCUGCUGGUUUCUGACUUCCCUGUACUUCUGCGUGGAGGGCAUCUCGAACCCCAAGCUGGAAGGACGGGGCACUCCAGAGACCUCCUGCGAGUGUGGGCCAGCACGGCCUGGGCUCAAACCCCAUCCUGUCAUCCCAUAUUGCAUGUCCACAGGCACCGCUCCACCCUGUUCCACGUUCCACAGGACUGAAGAGAGAUGGCAGUCAUGUUGUGGCAGGGACAUGGCACAAACAUGCAGCUGAUGGCAUCUCACAGGACCCUAGGCUCUGGAGAGCCCAUACCCAGGAGAGCCCCAUAAGGGCCCCGUGCCUAAAAGGGUGCAUCUCAGGUGGGCCCAUGCUCAGGAGGGUCCAUGUCUAGGAGGCUUCUGUGCCCAGGAAGGUCCAUGCCCAGGAGGGUCCGUGAGCAGGAGGGCCCCACUGUCAGGAGGGUCCUGUGCCCAGGAGGGUUCUAUGCUCAAAAGGGUCCCAUGUCCAGGAGGGUUCAUAUCCAAGGGUGUCCAUACCUAGUGGGGGGUCUAUGUCCAGGAGGGUCCCAUGCCCGGGAGGGUCCAUGCUCAGGAGGGUUUAUGCCCAGGAGAGUUUAUGCCCAGUAGGGCCCCAUGCCCAGGAGGAUCAUGUGCACAGAGGGCCCUGUGCCCAGGAGGAUACAUGUCCAGGAGGUUCCAUGCCCAGGAGGCUCCAUGUCAAGAAAGAUUCAUGCCUAGGAGCAUUCAUGUCCAGGAGUGUCCCUGCUGAGGAAGGUCCAUGACCAGAAGGGCCCAUGUCAAAGAGGGUUCAUGCCCAGGAAGGUCCAGCCCAGGAGGGCCCAUGUCCAGGAGGGGUCCAUGCUGAGGCGGCUCUAUGCCCAGGAGGGUUCAUGUCCAGAAAGGUCCAUGCCUAGGAGGGUCCAUACACAACAGAGCCCUGUGCCCAGUAAGGACCAUGUCCAGGAGAACCCCAUGCCCGGGAAGGUCCAUGUCCAGUAAGGGCCAUGCCCAUGAGAGCCUCAUGCCUCAUGCCUAGGAAGGCCCAUGCCCAGGAGGGUCCAUGCCCAGGCCAGUUAAUGCCCAGGAAGGUUUAUGCCCAGGAGGGUUCCAUGCCUAAAAGUGUCCAUGCCCAGAAAGGUCCAUAUCCAGAAGAGUCCAUACUCAGGAGGGCUGAUAUGUUAGAUUUGUGUCCCCACCCAAAUCUCGUCUUGAAUUGUAAUCCCUAUAAUAACCAUAGUGCCCCUGUAUCAAGGGAGAGACCACGUGGAGGCAAUUGGAUCAUGGGAGCUGUUUCCCACAUGCUGUGGGAAUGUGGGAAAUACAUGCAGAAAAUAAUGAGUGAGUUCUCAUGAGAUCUGAUGAUUUUAUAAGGGGCUCUUCCCCCUUCACUUGGCACUUCUCCUUCCUGCUGUCUUGUGAAGAAAGUUCCUUGCUUCCCCUUCAACUUCUGCUGAUUGUAAGUUUUCAGAGGCAUCCCUAGCCAUGCUGAACUGUGAGUCAAUUAAACCUUUUUCCUUUAAAAUUA